GAGGAUUCCCUUUUGGAAUAACAGGCGUUGGAGGCCCAGGGAUCCCUCCGCCUGGCGGAAGUGGCAACAUAUUCGGACAACAACCAACUCAAGCUGAAGAAUUUUUAGAAGCAAAUAGGGGAACUGUUGAGCAAAGGUCAAGGGCGAAUACAGACGUCAGAUCACCGAAUGACCUACCUAUGCCAGGCUUUCUUCCUUCAAACGCAGAACCUCAAGGUUCAAGGUCAGACAUACAGGGAAUGUCACGACCUCAAGACAGUUCUCAAAACAGGGGCAGGCGACCCCCUCCACGAUUUCCUGGAGAGCGGUUUCCCCUUCCUCCACGCCCCCCGUUUUUACCACCCGCGCUUCCGCUCAGUCAAUCUCAGCUUGGAGAACUUAGAUUACAACCACUUCAACCUCCUUUAGGUCCCCGCAGAAUGCCAGAACGUCCUUCAAGGCGCAGGGAACGCUUCGAAGCACAGCGUAGCAGACGAUUGCAACGUCAGGGUCAAGGACAAAGGUCGCGCGAACCAACAGGGCCAAGAGUAUUUCCAAAUGUCCCAUCUGUUGUCCAGAUACCGUCUGUUACCCCAACGGCUCAAGGUCAGCCAGGCGAUAGUCAAGUUGGAGCAGGUCAAAUGGGCGGACAAAGUAGCACGAUGGGAGGACAAGUAUCUGGACAAAUGGGAGGAGCCAUGGGUGGACAAAUGGGAGGAGCCAUGGGUGGACCUAUGGGAGGAGCCAUGGGUGGACCUAUGGGAGGACAGGUCCCUGGGUCGAUGAGUGGGUCAUUUGGUGGCACAAUGACAGGUUCAAUGGGAGGUUCAAUGUCUGGUCCAAUGGGUGGGUCAAUGUCUGGUCCAAUGGGUGGGUCAAUGGGGGGGACUAUGGGUGGUGCAAUGGGAGGACAAAUGGUCGGAGGACCAAUGGGAAGACAAGUUUCUGGACAAAUGGGAAGUUCUAUAGGAGGUGCAAUGGGUGGACCCAUGGCUGGAAGACCAAUGGGAGGAGCAAUUGGUGGACCAUUUGGAAUGCCAAUGGGCGGGCCAAUGAGAGGACCAAUGACUGGCCCUAUGAGGGGACCAGGGAUGGGCCCAUUUAGAGGCCCAAUUGGAGGUUCGGUUGGUAGUCCAUUUGGAAGUCAAUUUACAGGUCCAACCUUUUCCUUUAGUCAGCCGUCAGGUGGUCAAUUUUCAACUGGAAGCCAGACUCAAGGUCAAGAAGGUUCAGCAAUUUUUCCUUCGCAAGCUACCCAGGGACCAGUAAUAAGACAACGUGGGCCAGGAUUUACUACUGAGUCUGGUUUCCCACCCGGCUUAGACAUGAGUGGGUCAUCUACAGUUGGUAUUCCUGCUUUCCCAAACGGACCAGCACUCCCAUUCCCCGCCGGCGCCCCAGGCUUCGGCCAAAGUGAUCCAUUUAUGUUUCCAGCAGGUGGAUUUCAAACAGAUGUUCUUUCUGGAACGGAUUUACAAGCCUCCAGAUUCCCAGGUUUUCCUGCAAGUUCAUUUGGUCAGCGAUUUGGGGUAAACGUUGAAACUUCUAGUGUACCAGGCUUUGAUGCAACACCAACCAGACGACAAAGUAAUGGUAUCAAUUCAAUUGGAAGCGAAAGCAUUUCUGAUGGAUCAAGCUUUCGACCAGCAACAUUUGGACCAACCAUUGAUGCAUCAUCUGCUGGCCAAUCCGGACAAUCAGUAGGCGGAAGUAGGAGCGAAGGGCAGGUAACACAAAGUUUUGGUUUCGUCGGACCAUCUAAUAACGCUGGUGCAGGCCCUGCCUUUAAUACUGAUACACAAUCUUCACAAAACUUUAAUAUCCAAUUCCAGCCUCUACAGCCAGGGCCAGUCCCACAAAUUCCUGCACUACAACCUAAUCAAGGGCAAAUCGGUGUCGGUGGUACUGUAGUUCAAACAAACGCUGGACAGGGUAACGGUUUUACAAACCAGGAUAACGUUCAAUUUGGAAGCUCAAGUCAAAGUUUCCAAACUAGCGGUUCCAGUCAAGGGGGACUUCAGUUCGGCGGUUCAAGUCAGGGUGGAUUUCAGACCGGAGACGCCGGUCAAAAUAGCCAAUUUAUCGUCUCAGAUGGACCAACAGUAGUUGAAACACGAACAAAUCAACAAAAUGGCGGUAUGACAUUUGGCUCAAAUAGUCAAAGUUCCAACAAUGCGGCCACUACCGUCUCGGAGCGCACAGUAGAGACAGGGGGAGCCACCGGGAAUGCAGAGUUUCGUCUGGUUGAAGUAGGAAAUAUUCUAGGUGAUAAAGGUUUUGUAAACAAUGAUGCAGGUAGCAGUAGAGUUGUUGUCACGGAAACGAUCAGCACCAACCAAGGCGCCGACUUUCAGCCAGUUGGUGACAUCAACACAGCUUUCCGCUCAUUCGAAUCAGUUGCAGGCUCAAAUAACGUAGUUGAUCUAAGUUUGGAACCAACACUCUCCAUGACCGGAAACACCGUCACCACGUCAGACGCCACCGGAAGUACAACUGAAACUAAUACGAGCGAAACUAGAAGUAUUAUGUCGGUACAAGAUGGACCAUUUGCAGCAUCUUUGAAUCAAAAUCAAGACUUUUCGUUUUUCAUGACCGACAAUACUAACGAAGCACCAAAUGAGAUGCCACCGAUUACGUUCAAUGCACCCCCACCGCCGGUUGUAGGCCCAGAAGGACCAUCUAUACUUACAUUCGCUGUUGAUGGAAUGGCCAAUACCGGCAAUGAAAUGCCAACUAUUUCUUCAAAGCAAGAAUUUAGUUCUAGCUCGAAUUCCUUCACAAUAGCGCCAGGAGGUGAAACAGUUCUAGGACCUGACCAGUCCGGUGCAUCUACUAUUGUUGAAGAAGCCAAACCACUUAGUGCAUUACCUUAGAAUAAUUGUCUCUCAACGUUAUUGUAUAGCAGACGUCAUUGUGUGCGAGUGUGACCGACUGUGAUAGCCAUUAUAUAGGAUCCGAAUCUGCAGUAACGACAGUCAAGAAAUACAAAAAUAACAAAAGGACUCAGAUUGAUGUUUUCGUCAAGUUAAAACAAUUGAUUUUUUUUAUAAAAAAAAAGAUCUCUUACAUUGUAAUAUAUUAUGACUAAAGAAACAGCUUACUGGAAUUGGGAAUACUUCCGUGAUUGGAUUCUAUUUUACAUGUACCUUGUGUUUUAAAUGAACAUGUAUAUCGAGUAACUGAUUGAAUUGGUAAUUUAUAUUGUCCACAAUGUGGGCACACAUCACCCGUUCUACUAUGUACGAGAUUUUGUAAACUGAAUAUCCGUUAAGUUUUAUACAAAAUAAUA